ACAUUGAUUUUGACAUUUGUCAACGUAUUUGUUUGUUGCGGCGAGCGGACUGAACUAACCUAAAACAGAUUUUUCUUUGAAAAGAAUCUUGAUUGAAGCUUGGUAAAAUAAAAAUUAAGAGUUCUGAUAUUGGCACAAACACUGUUAAAAGUAAAACUUGUGAUCAAAAUGGAAAUAACGAAAAAAAAUUUUGCUGAAGAAAUAGAUAACAUAACCAAAGAUUUGGAACGUUCUUGUUUUAUUGGUUUUGAUGCUGAAUUCACAGCAAUUUUAAGUGGAGAAAAUUUCCAGCAUAGCUUAUUUGAUACAAAUGAAGAUCGCUACAAUAAAAUUAAAACAGAAGUUAGUAAGAUGUUAAUGACACAGAUUGGUCUUACGAUGUUCCAAUACGACAGAGAUAUUGAUACUUAUGUGGCAGUUGGAUACACAUUUCAUCUCUGUCCCCAAGUUUUUGGGGAGAUAGACCAGUCAUUCAUUUUCCAAGCAUCUACCCUCAAAUUUCUUUGCAAACACAAUUUUGAUUUCAAUAAGUUUACAUAUGAAGGUCUCCCAUACCUCAGCAAGGAAGAAGAUGCCUUAAUACAACAGCAUUUAAAAAAUAAUAAGCUUAUUGAAAACCUUUCUCGGACAAUGGAAAUGGAUGAAGAAAAACAACUACAAACAUACUGCUCUGAAGUUUCUAAGUGGUUAGCUACCAGUGAUGAAGGCACAAUGUAUAUAGAUGUCAAGUCUCCAGUCCUUAGGUACCUUGUUCAUAAUGAGGUCCGAUCAAGGUUUCCAGAUGUACUGACAACUGAUAGCUUAGGUAAUAGUAAUAAGGUUUUAAUAUACAGAGAUAAGAAUGUGGAAGGUGCAAACAGUGCCCCAAAAAAUGUUUUAGAAGAGAAUUUAAUGAACAAUCUUUUAGGUUUUUCACAAAUCAUCUACUUACUUGAAACAUAUAAAAAGCCGAUAGUAGGCCACAAUUUAUUCUUAGACACUGUUUUACUGCAUAAUCAGUUUAUAGGAUCACUACCAGAGAAAUAUUCCACGUUCAAAAAGAAUAUCAACAAAAUGUUUCCAAAUAUUUAUGAUACAAAAUUUAUUUCCCAUGAAAUGUCAAAGAAAUUGUCAUUUGAUGAAGUGUGGAAAUCUAAUGCACUGCAAGACUUGUAUGAAUUUUUUGCUGAAGGGAAAUGUAAGAAGCUGGAACUAGGUGUGAACCCCAUCAGGUUGAGCACUCCGUUUGAUGUAAAGCAAUCCUACCAUGAAGCCGGGUGGGACUCAUUUUGUUCUGGGUACUGCUUUAUUCGCCUGGGCCACUGGGCAGCGAGCGAAGCGAGCGGCCAGCACCGGCCGGUGGGGCCCACGCAGACGCUGGCCGGGCUGCGCGAGUACUGCAACCGCGUCAACGUCAUACGCGGCGCCGUGCCCUACAUGAAUCUAGUCGAAGAAGAUCCCUUAACGCAUCGUCCAAGCGUGCUGCAUGUCAAGUCCUUAAAUGAGCGUGUUAUCGACAUCAGCAAGGUGGUCGCAGCGCUUUCGGGCAUCGGCUCUAUAGACGUGAAGCCUUACGGCCGUAGAACGGCGCUGAUAGCAGCCGGCACAAAAUUUACUGCAGAUAGAAUACUGAAACAGUACAAAGACAGUCCCGAGUACCGCAUCUCUGUGUUCAACUACUACCGACACAGCGUGACCGGCCGGAUGGCUCUAUGGGGAGGAGCUCUACUGACUGGCAGUCUAGUCAUAUAUUUUUUGCAUAAUAAUCUUAAAACUAAAAGUAAUUUAUUAUAAUAGCCGUUGUUAAUAUAGAAAAUACUCAAAUCAACACAAACUAAUUAAUAGCAUAAUAUGUAACUAUAGCAAGCUUUUCAUACAAACGACAAAGUCGUUUUUAUGUACAUCCCAUUACUGUUAUUAUUAAGAUCAAUUUAAAGACUGUUUAGUAUCUAGUUUUUUUAUAAGUCAUAAAGUGAGUUUAUUCUUCCAUAAAUGUUUAAGUCACGUUGAUAAUUGCAAUUUGCAUUUAUACUGUUAUUUUUAUACUUCAUAUUUAAAGCAAAAUGUAUUGUUGUUUUGUGAAAUCGCUUUUCUGUUAAAUCAGGUAGAAGGUUGAAAAUAUAGUAUUUUGGUUAUAAUAA